AUGACGGCCGAAAGAAGUUUUUCUGAUCUUCCAGGAGAUGUUUUAUCGAAGAUUUUGAAGAAUGCUGCGGAGAACUCUGUAUACGAUUUCUUACAUCUUGGUCAAACAUGCAAGGGAUUUUGUGAAACCGCUAGGAACGAAUAUAUUUUUGCAACAGCAUCUUUGCAUAACUAUAGUUGUAUGCCUCGGAGGAUCGAAAUGGAGAAAUUCUUAAAAAGGGCAUGUAUCGCCGGAAAUCCUCAAGCCUUAUAUAGGGAAGGGAUGGCUAAGUGCUUUUGCGUAGUUAAUCGUGACGUUGAUCGUGGAAUACAACUCUUAUGGGAAGCGUCUGAACGUGGAGUGAUCGAGGCUACUUAUGCUUUGGGUUUACAACUGAUUUGUAUGGAGCCUCGAAUCUGGGAUGGUUAUCGAGUUUUAUCGACCCUCGAUACCAUAUGCUCGAAAGAAGGCUUCGACAUCCUUAUGAGGUGUCGACAUGUGACUAAUCGUAUGAUUGCCGAUAUUUGGAUAACAUCACGACUCGAACCGCCGAAGAGAUAUUCAUGUUCUUGUGUCGAUAAUCCCAGCUGGUGUUCAUAUUGUAUGUGGAACUAUGAGGCCAGAUCUCUGGCUGGUGUACUUGAGAGACGAAAUCAUGUUCCCCUCCGCAUGUAG